AGUCAUGUGCUUGUCCCGUGAUCAAAUGCGGAAGUGUUGAAAAAUAUCCAUAGCGACCACAGCUCACCCUCUGUCUAUUUCAUAUCGAUUUUGCGGUUUUUAUUUGCUGUAUUUCUCAGAGAAAUGGAAGGAUAUGCCAAAACAUCACUUAGCACCACGUAUGCAGGUGCCCCGGAUUUCAGAGGGAAUGACAGUUCCCUGGUGUCUGCUCUGAAAACUCUUCUCUUCUUCACCAUCCUGAUGGUCACCCUGCCCAUAGGACUGUACUUCGCAUCAAAGGCAUACAUCUUUGAAGGUUCCCUACAGAUGUCUAACUCAGACAGUUAUUUCUAUGCUGCCAUCGUAGCUGUGCUGGCCGUACAUGUGGUUCUGGCUCUGUUCGUCUACGUGGCCUGGAACGAGGGCUCCACCAAGGACAAGGGAAAACACGACUAACCCUAACCUGGCCCUGCUGCUGGCCCAGAGAAAGCAUGGACCAAGGGAUGGAGGCCCAGCCACUUCCAGCUGCCACCCCAGCCAGGCUUCUCUCCAGGCCCACCCCAGCCAGGCUUCUCUCCAGGCCCACCCCAGCCUGGCUUCUCUCCAGCCCCCACCCCAGCCUGGCUUCUCUCCAGCCCC